GAAAACUUCAGAUUUGGUGCAAAAAUGUCUGAAAAGAAACGAAUUAACAGUUCUUCGCGCGAAUCCACUUCCGGUCAGUCUUCGGCCAACGAAUGGAUCGAAAUCCUCGAACCGAAGACCAAAGUCCAGAUGUUCGCCAAUUUGAUCACCGGUGAGUGUCGUUGGGAUGAACCUCGAGGUCAAGGAGUGGUCAUCUCUCGCGCCACGAAUCCAUCGCUCACUCAAUGGUGGGAACUAUACGACACAAAUAGUCAGCGCUUUUACUACUAUUGCGCCAAAGACUCGAAGACGGUGUGGAAGCGGCCGCAGACGCCCGACGCCAUUGUGGUUCCGUUGGCCAAACUACAGAUUCUCAAACAGAACACCUGUUCGUCCCAUUCGUCGGUCGACAGCACGGCGUCGACGACACGCGCGACGACGGGUGACGUCCGCGACGACAGACUCACGACAGAAGUGUCGACACAAACGGAACCGCAAUUGUGUUCGCGAUCCACACAAACGCAGACAACAAUGUCUUCGCCGACAAACGACUACUUAUUCCAGAAUUCGUUUCGAAACCCGAGUCUUAAUCUGUUCGCCACGCCUUCAGUGCCAAUCGCCACGAGUCCGACGGGCAGUGCGUCGGGCGGUGGCGGCGGUGACCAGAAACUGGUGACUCCGCCGACCAAAAGUCAUUCAUUAACUCAAAUCUCAUCGAAUUUAAACCGAAAUUGUGUUCAAAACAACUCGAAUACAAGUAAUUCGAGUAAACGCUUGACGACAACGACGUCUUUGACGACACCGUCGCCGACGACACCAACGACCACAACAGCGACCAAAAUAAUGUCAGCGAACGCGCAGACAUUGACUCUUCAAACGCGACCACAAACACCGCCAAAAAGUCGUCAAAUUAGUCACACUUUGUCUUUAAUGCCGACAACAAAGACAACGGCAGAGAAGACGAAGAAUGUCGAAGACAACAGUUCCACACAUCUAUCGAUCGAGUCGUUCGCAAAAGAGAAUAUCGAAAGACAUCGAAAACGAGGAAUUUUUAUCGGGAAAAAGGAGUCGGAGCUGAGGGGUCUGCGGCUGAUGUGCGCGUGUUUCUGGUAUUUCCCGCCGUCGCACAAACUGGCGCCACAUAUGAACGCCUUCCUGUCGUCGCACGCGAACCCUUACGCCGCAGAAGUGGUGCGAAGAAAGUUCGAACAACAGUUGCGACGAUCGCAACAAUCGCACGUCGUUUACGUCCGCAAACCGCACGACAGGCACGAAGUGUCACGUGUCCUGCGGUGCGUUGACAACGGCUUUGUCGGCGUUUUUGGCGAAACCCUCGACGACGCGCUCGUCGACAGACGUCUCAUUCCGUGGCCAAUCGUGUCGCUGACGGAAGCGCUGCUCAGGUGUCGCGGGACCGACGAGAACGGCGAUUGUUGCGAACGCGAGGGAGUGUUCCGCUGCGUCGGCGACUUGGAUGACGUCAUGCGCCUCAAGAUCAAGAUCGACACAGUGAUCACGCGCGCGGACGUGGGCGACUCGUUGCACGCGCUGGAAGUGAACCCGGCGGACAUCCACGUGAUCGCCUCCGCGCUCAAACUCUACUUCCGCGAACUGAAGCGCCCUCUCGUGCCGCACGACGUCUACUGGGAGGCGCUCGACUCCGCCCACGACCCGCAGCGCGCGCAGCGAUUGGUGGAGCGCUUGCCGCCGACCAACCGCUUCGCGCUCUCCUAUCUGAUUCGCUUCCUCCAAGUGUUCUCUGCGCCCGAACACGUGAUCCACACGAAGAUGGACGACGCGAACCUGUCGAUGGUGUGGGCGCCCAACAUCCUGCGCUCCGAAGGGGGCGUGGCGCUCGCCGACGCCUCCCUCUCCAACAUCUUCGAGCGCACGCGCGCCGAGAUGUCUUUCGUGCGCACUUUGAUCCAGAAUCUGGACACGGGGUUCAUGUCUGGCGUCCAGUGACGUCACACUCAAGUGCCAAACCUCUAGUC